AUGGAUCCCUACGCGCUGGGCCCAGAUUCGAUUCCUUGGGCGAUCCGCGCUGCCCUCCUGGUCGUCUACGGCCUGGGCUCGGCGUGGUGGGUGAGGGCGGUGGGCCAGCACAUGCGCGCGGGCCUCCUGCCCGCGGCGCUGCUGGCCCCCGUGCUGAUUGCCAACGCCGCCGUGCCGCUGAUGUUCGAACCGGACAAGGAGGUGCUCUCCAUCGCCGUGCUGAGCUUCAUCUUCUCCUGGCUCGCCAACGCCAAGAUGGUUGCGUUUUAUCUCGGCCGGGGACCACUGGCGCGGCACCUGGACUCUGGAUUCCUCCCCUUCGCCGCAUUCCUGCUUCUGCCCCUGUUGCCAAAGGACACUGCGCACGGCGAGGGGCUCCGCGACAAGGAGGCCACAGCCAGGCGCGUGUCGUCCAAACACGCCACGCUGGCGCUGGGCAAGGCUGUACUCCUGAUGGCCGUCUGCUUGGCACUGGCGAACGUCGACAUGCCGCACGUCCCCCGCGACCUGUUGUACGCGCUGGGAAUGUACGGCCUGCUGGGUGUGAUCAUGGACGGCACGUGCUCCCUGACGUGCAUGUUUGGGCUGGAACUGGCACCUCAUUUCGACAAGCCUUGGCUCUCCACGUCAGUGGCAGAAUUCUGGGGCAGGCGGUGGAAUCUCGUCGCAGCAGACUCACUCAGGGCACUGGCGUUCGACCCCCUACGCGAGGGCAGGCUGUUCCGGGUGUCCCCCAAGCCAGCACAACCCAGGAGUGCCUCUUCACACCUCCUUGCCACAAUGGUCGGUGUCCUGCUCACGUUCGCCCUCAGUGGCUUGUUCCACGGCGCGACGUUCUGGCACCUAACACGCACCUUUGGAUGGAGGUGGCUGGCGUUCUUCUGCCUCCAGGGACCACUGGUGAUUAUAGAGAGGUUCAUCGUGAGACGGCUGUGGCCGAAGAUGCCACAGAUUGUAGCAAUCCUUUAUGCAAUAGCGGCUCUGGAACUGGGAGGGCGCUAUUUGUUCAUUGCCCCUGCAGAGGACAUGGGCCUGGACAGAAAGGUCGUGAAGGCGAUUCUCGAUCUGGGGGCUGGAAUGUUUGGCUCAUAA